AUUUCCAAAAUUAGCAGUGAGUGCAAAUCCAAAGACGAGCGCCCUCAGCGUUGAGGGCUUUAUAAUAUGCAAUAGUCAGCAUUUAAUUGCAACAAGCUCGGCGGCCAGCAAACACAGCAACAACAGCAACAACAACAACAAGAACAACAACAACAACGAAAAGAUGAAUUCAGCGAGUGUGGAAUUUGAGGAUGUGGAUGAUGAUCCAAGCGGCCAGGAGCUGUUUAUGGCGAAGCGUAUGGAUAACUAUCCGCCAUGCAAUGGCGUUGACGUUGACAUCAUCAGACGCAAAUCGACGCUAAACAUGGGGCACAACAAGGUCUGCAGAUGUGCAUCGCCGUUGUACCCGCAACGACGACGGGCACCGUCGGGUCAGCUGAUGUUCGAGCGUCUGUUGUCGCACGAACGGAAAGGGGAACGAUUGCUGGUGCCGGAUCUGGCAACGGAAUGGUUUCGCAAACAGAAGAUCUUUCUCGACACUGUGUCGCCGGAGGAGCAGCAGCUGGCCAAGCGGCAAACGGACGAGUGGCCAGCACUAAUCGGCUAUGGCUGCGAUUGCCGGCGCUGUGGCUGUGGCAAUGAGGCCAACUUGCAGCAUAGUGGACAGUAUUUAGAUUAUUGCCAGGAGCUGCGCAGGCGUCGCUUAUUGCUGCAGCGACAGCGACGGCAGCGGCAGCGGCGUCAGGGCGGCUACACCGAACCAAUGGUCCCGGCAAGGCAGGCCGACAAUGAGAUGGCACAAGAACAACAGCAGCAGCAACUGCAGCAACUGCAGCAGCAACAGCAGCAGCAACUGCAGCAGCAACAGCAGCAACAGCAACAGCAGCAGCAGCAACAGCACCAACAACAGCAGCAACAGCAGCAGCAGCAACAGCAGCAACAACAGCAGCAACAGCAGCCGCAGCAGCAGCAACAGCAGCAGCAACAACAGCCGCAACAACAACAUCCGCAGCAGCAGCAACAGCUUUCGCAGCCCACAAACGGUCACUCCACGGAGCAUCGCCAAUGCAGUCUCAAGUCAUGCGCCUGCAACUUUCAGGCGGACGGACAGCCGAUGGGCGAGGAGUGCCGCCAGGCACUGCGUUGCCGGAUGGAGUCGUCACUGAUGCGCCUGCGCAAUAGAUCCAAUUUGCGCGGCAACACGCAACAUCGGCGGCGACUCGAUCCGGCAAGAUAUCGCCGCAUUUCGCCCGAGUUUUACAGGCUGCUCAAGAGCUACGAGGAUGGGAUGAGUGAACGCUAUCCGCUGUACGGCGUGCGCAGACGCUACUGCAGCAGCAGCAGCAGCAGCAAGCCAACCGUCAAGGUUGCUUGUGCCGAACAGCAUCCAGCCGAUGAACUGCACAGACAGAGGCGGCAGCGGAGCCAGCAGCAGCAACAGCAGCAGCAGGAGUCGGAGGAUGUUUGCGACUGUUCGUUGCUGAGCGUUGCUGAGAGCAACAGCCAGUGUGACCGGGUGGAAUGCGAGCGAAACAAUUGUGAGCAAGUCUUGACGAUGGCGGACUGCACCAGAGAUCUGUGCGAUCAGAACGAAUGCUUGGCGAAAGACGUCGUUGGUGUCAACUCUCAGAUGGACGGAGCGCAAAUUGUAGCUUGUACAGAUGACAGUUGUCCAAGCCGUGAAGAAGAUGCGGGAACAGCAGCAAAAAUAGAAAUCGAAACCAAUCAACAUGAGCUCAGCAGCCAGCCAGAACCAGAGCCACAGCCGGAAGUCAAGGAAGUCAAGGAAGGCAAGGAAGCCAAGGAAGUCAAGGAAGCCAAGGAAGUCAAGGAAGUCAAGGAAGUCAAGGAAGUCAAGGAAGCCAAGCCUGCCGGCAUGUUGUCGGGCCCAUUGGCGAAGCAGACGCGACUGGGACGUCGGGCAGCGAUUAAGACGCCAAGCAAGCGAAAUGGUAUUUUGGGCAGCAUGGCGGGUCUGUGCAAGCGUGUCAUGCAGCCAGGACGUCAUCUGCUCUACAACUUUAGCACGCUGCAGCGGAAGUCAACGGCGUAUGAGACACUGGUGCAAGCACGACAACAACCGGCACUGACCAAUCAGCCCAACCAUCGGCAGAACGUUGCGGAGCCCAUGUUCUUCUCGCGGCAACCGAAACGCGGCAAUUGGCAACGGGAACCAGACUGGAAGACAGCACAGGCUGCAACGGACAACAGUUGCACGCCUAUUCGCUUCCACUCAAUGUGUUGCAUGCACAGCAACCAGUGGCAAGCAACAGAAUCAGAAGCAAAAAAUAGCUUAGACAGCAUACAGAUGCAAACAGAGCAAAUAUGCUUGGAGAACGUGGAGCACAAUACCGUUGCAGGCCGGUUUCCUGUGAUAGAACCGAUUACCGCUGAGACGCAGCUGAAAGAUGGUCCAGCGACGGAGAUUGUGGCCGGAUUGGCCAAUACGAUGGUGAGUCGAGCAGCCCCAGUUUGCCGCAAAGGCAAAAUGAAACGAAGCUAUGCACCCGGUUCCGAUUACGCAGAGCUAAUGCGUUUGGUGGCCCGGAAGCGGGCCAAAAUACGACAGUCCAAGCGUGGCAGGGUCACCUUCGCUGAUCGGUAUCGCAACAGUGACACGCAGCCGCCUGCAGACCCAGCCAGAACUCGCAGCACGAGUCCAGUGACGCGAAAGCGACGCAAAAGCAAUAGGAACUCGCCGUUCCUUGAGAUCGAUCAGCUGUCCAUGCCCCGCAACAAUCGAUUGGAGUUGACAUCCAGAUGCAGACAGCAGACACAAGAAUCGGAUGAAAGCAUUACUUCGGAUUAUGAGCGCAAUAACAAUGACUUUAGCUGCAGCAGGGAAUACUCCUACGAUGAAGCCGACUGGCAGACAAAUGGAUCACGUAGCUACGAGCGUUCCUAUGGAACUGCGAGGAAUCCAAACAGCUCUGCUGGCUCUGCUAGAUGCUGUGCAUCGAGAAGCUCAGAAAACGGCAGGCAGGCAUCAGACAACGACGUAUCUGCGAUGCGACAUGGCUCGACUUGCAACACUGUUCAGCAAUCCAAUUACCUGGAUGAACCUGGAAUGGACCAAGUUAGCUCCAAUGUUGUACAACUGAAUGUGGCAAGUGGACGUCGCUCGCAACAUGGUUUUGAGCAGGAAUUGCAUGGCGUGGAUAGCAUGUAUAACAAACGUGACUUGCAGCGAUAUCCAAGUGAUGACACCUCCAUAGAUACGGCGGAGCAGGUGGCAAAUAUCACCUGUUUUACGGUGAACCAUCCGUCGCAGAACUCGCUUGACGCCAGUCAGGCGCCGUCAAAGUCACAGAGAUCGGUCCCGAGCAGCAUGUUGCCCAAGCUCUUUACACGCAAGCCACCCAUCAAUGAGCAGCUGUUGAGAAUGCGCGAGGCGACGGCGCCAAAGAUCAAGAUGCGGGUGCCACACGUGAAAAUGCAGUGCUCUCUGCGCACACGUCGCCCGGAGCCGCCGCCGCCAUCUCGAGUGCUGUGUCCGCAUCGGAGCCAGCAAUGGCAACGCCUCCCAAUGAUGCAGCCAAUGUUGGCCGAUGAGCCGGACAAUCAACAGAAAGAGAAGCAGCAGCAGGAGCAGAACCAGUUGCUGGCACAGCAGCGUUACGAUCGACCCAUACAAAUACACACGGAUCAGUCGAGGCUAGAGAGAAACUUUCAAAAACGAUACAAUAGAGAGAUCGAUAACGAUAACGAUAACUAUCUGUCAACACAUUAUAGUGAUGAAGUCAGCAGCGGCCGCUCUCGUUCCGGCUGCGAUAUGCAGUUUCGAGACGACGAACAACGCCCGACUGGCCCAAGUGUAUCGCACCAGUUGGCCAAGACCCUAGGCGAGAAUCCAUUGAGUCCAUUGAGUAAGUGCAGCCAUUGCAAUAGGAGCCCUAUCAAGAAGAGUAGGUUGAAGGCGAAGAGCUAUGCCACGCCCUGGAAUCUGAGAGACGAGGCCGAGCAGGAUGAUGUUGGUACUGAAUUAAGACAUAGGUUUCGACAGCCACAAGCGGACAGCGAACACAAACUGGCAGCUGAGCAACAAGUCGAGCAUCACCGAAGACGCUCACAGGCUAGAAUAGCUUUCCCAUCUACUGCUACUGAUGUGGCCAUGCAGGCCAAUCGGGGCGUAACAAGAGGCAUGGCUGCCAAGCGUAGCAAGCAGCAAGUUUUUGAGAAUUUCUAUAAUGCCUUCAGCGAAUCCUUUGGCUGUCCAUCGAACAAGAGCAGACAUCCACGUUCGAGCAGUCCCCUUGAUGACUACAACAGCGAACAACCAGUGCCAUCGGCCAACAAGGCUACCAGCAACCAGCAGCGUUCAACACAACCAUGCUCCAUACUGAAAUCCACUGCAAAAACGGUGAACAAUGCAGUGAGACAGGCCAACGAUGGGCGUCACGUGAACUUUGUGCCCCGGCUGCAGUCACAGAUGUCCGUAAAUCCAAAUCAAUUGAGUUCCAGUCGUGAUGAUGGCUACUCGGAACCUGGCACACCGGCCAGCUAUACACUGCAGGCGGGAUUGAGGCGCCCCGUCAUAAUGCGCGCAAGUACUGUGCACAAUGCCGUGCCAGGUCAGGCACUCAAUCACCAUCAACAACUUCGCCGCGACGAAGAGAUGGCAGCGAGACCAAGAGCAGGAUCAGCAGCAAUAGCAGCAACAACAAUUCCAACACGACCCAUGAGCCAUCUGGGCAACAGGGAGAAGGUGCUGUCGCUGUUUGCCGUGCCUAGCACAUCGAGCGGCGACAAUACCUGCCACAAGGUGCCGUCCAACAAGGAAAUGGCAACGAAUAAUGAUCGUCUGUCGACACGGGCCAAAACGAAGCACGAGCAACACCUGGAGGAGAGUCGCUUGCCAAUGAAUUCUCAGCUAUUCUCAAGGAGCAGAGAUUUUCCAAACAUACGAAUGGGAAGAACGACAAAUGACAGUGAUCGUUACAUGCCACCGCCGGUGACGCUGGUUUCCGAGCUGGAUUUCAGGACAUAUUGCGAGCACACACGCAACGUGACGUGCAGCGAGCCGCGAGAAGUGGGCGGCGGCACGACGACAACCGAUGUGCCACUCAUGCUUACCAAAAUCAUUGAUAGGCGGCGGCAUAAACAUGACGACAACUUGACACCAGCAACACCAGCAACACCAGCAACAUCAACAUCCUUGGCUGGCUGCAACAUCUGUCGUCAAACUAACAGGAACAACGAGGCAUAUCCAUGCUAUCCACACGAUGUGUUGCAUGGCGAAAAUUAUUAUCCGAGACGUGCCUGCUGUUUGCGUCGUCUGCCCGCAGAGCCGCUGGUCAUUGAAGCCACCCACAAGGGUCUGCGGGAGCAACAAAUGCGACAAAAGUGUCUUUCUGUUCUUUUCUAUGCGCGCAAGUUCUGACCAAUUUAACGAGUUUUAAAUACAUAUCUUAAUAAACUUUCUGUCAAUUAUAA